UAUCUGUUGGGUGUUUUGUUUAUGACUGUCAAUCAUGUAAUUGUGGAUUGAUUGACAUAUAAACUUGAUUUGCUUUCAUUUAUCUUUAAUGUUCUCUUGGAAGUGACACCAAAUAAAGGGAUAGGAUUACUUAGACAAGUUUUGUUCUUCUCUUUUUUUGUAUUAUAUAUUUUUAGAUUUUUUUUUUUUAUUGAUGCAAGCUAUAUAUACUAGGCAAUUUGAUUUUUUCACUUUCUGUUCCUUAGUGUUCCAGUGGGUUGUGAAUAGUAUGAUUAGAUACUUUGUAUUCCAGAUUGAUAUAUUUUGUGAUUCUGCUACUUUUCAAACCGACCUUAAUUCUGCACUCGGAUAUUGCAAUCGCAUGGACAAUACAUUCUUUUCUAAUGGAAUUUCAUGUUCCAGGUUUUAAAUUGUUGUCACUUCCCAAAAACCUUGCAUUUUCUGCACUACUCAUUUUGAUAUUAAUUAUUUGUUUAUCCUUGACAAUCUGACACCAAGAAACUGCUUGGAGGUGUUUAUUUUGUUCUCUGACGAUGGAUUUGAACGAACUUCAUGUAUUGCAUUUGAUGCGAACGUGUUGAAAAUAUCAAGUGAAUUAGAAACAUUGACUUCUGGGGAGAUGGACAUUCUGUUUGCAUGACCUGAUUUUUCUUUUUAUGUUCUUAUGAUUACCCAUUGGAUUACAAAUUAAACAGAACAGAUCAACUUAGGUAUUGAGUUCAAUUUUUUCUCUGCAAACGGGAUUCACCUCUUAGGUUGCUCCGUCAUCCUGUUGAUUUUCAUUUAUGUUCAAAGGAUGAGCACUUCCAUAAGUUUUGGCUGAGAAUCGAAUUGAAAAGAUCCAGUGGUUUAUUUAGCUUUGAAGACCACCUUCUCAGUAGCAGCAAUUCCAUUAGAAAUAACUUCUAGCUUUCUUAUCUUUUUGAUACGUACUUCCUUUUCGCGAUUUGUUAGCGCUAACUAUUUUUGUCACUUAAUUUCCAGAUUCCCUGUGAGAAUUGAUUGCAAGAUCCAUCGGUCAAUACUGUGCAGUCUGUCAUUUUUGAGUUUUUUUCACAGCUGAAGUAGUAGACAAAAGUAUUUUGCCUGCCUUCUAGGUCUGAUCUGCUGGAGGAAGAAGAUGGAGAAAUUGAUUGUCAAUGCAGAGAAAGGAGGCCAAAAGAAAGAAGAUCAUAGUGAAGAAAAUAGUUUGUCCAAAAAAUUAGUAAGAAAGGAAGAGCCAAAGCAUGUAUUGCUUCUAAAUUCAAGGAAAUCACAAAUCAAUGAACUUUGCAGCCAGGAACUGUUCCUUAAAAUCAUUCAUAGUUUAGAUGAUAGGAUUCCAAAGCGUAUUACGAGUUUUGAUGAAAGAUACGUUCAUCGUUGCCUGGAAUUGAUACGUAACUGCGCCUUGAGAGCAGCCUCAUGCAAUGUCUAUCCAGAGAUGGGUGUUUGUUCAAGAGAAAUUAGUAAUAGAGUUUGCUGUGAUUUGGCUAAUUUAGUUAUUGAAUGUCCUUUGGCUGCUGGGGCCGAGGAAUUUGUCAUAACCUCGACUGGCGAUUGGAUUCUUGGUAUAAUCAAUGAGAGUACUAGUAUGGUGAACAUUCUAAAGAGCCCUUUAGUUUACCAAUUGGGUGUCUUAGAUUGUGAUGUCAACUUUCGAGGAACAAGUUCCAAUUUUAUAAGCUCUUCUGAUGGUUUCAGUAUCAGUUCAUCGCAGAAGUUACAAAAAGAGAUGGUGAUUCUUGGGCAUCAUAUAUAUGAAUCUGAGCCUGCACACAAAAGGCUUGUUUCUGUAUCGAGCACAACCUCAACCUGCACAGAGCAGUCUUCUUCUUCUGCAUCUGUCACUGCUUUUUCUCAGGGAAUGCUCCAGUACACAUGGAAGGAUGGGUUUCCACAUUACAGUUUCUCUGUAGAUGAUCAGAGGGAGUUUUAUGUAGCCAACUUGUUUAAGGCUGAGUCACUGGAUGACAAGGUUGUGGAUUAUAUGUACAUGUUUCACUCAAGAGCAGAUGGCAAAAAAGUACGUGACAUUAGUGAGGACGAGUCCUAUCUUGUCGGUAAAAUGAGAGUCUCAACUUCUACUACUCUCUGUCCAAACAACUCGGAAGUAAUUGAGACUCAGUUUGUGCUGUUUGGUUCUGAUGAUAGUUGUGUGACAGAGAUGCAAACUUCAAGCCAUACCCUUAGGAAGAACAAGGGGUUGCCUAAGAAGAUGGUGGAUGUAUUCAAGACAAGUCAGUCUCAUAUGAAGAGAAGUCUCUCCAAAUUUGGGGGAUCAAAUGUCAUACGUGAAAAUUUUUCUUUGGAGCCAUGCCACGAUUCACACGAGUCUAGUCCAGGUAAGGCCAAUCUUUCGGAUAUUCAUUCUCCUCCAAAUUGUGAGUUGGCUGCCAUUGUUGUAAAAGAUCAUGUUCAUUACGAUCAUAACGAAGCAGAAAUUGGAGGGUGGGGUUUAAAAUUUCUCAAGAAAGCUGGGAUUAACCAAACCAAUGCAUCACUAGAAACCUCAGUACCUUCUGAAUGCUGUCAACGAAAUAGUGGUGAUUGCUCUACGAGUAUGGAGAUUCUAGUUCCCGCGGGUUUUCAUGGUGGUCCAAGAACCAGAAGUGGUGGCCCUUCAAGCCUCAUUGAGAGAUGGAACUCUGGUGGUUGCUGUGACUGUGGUGGCUGGGACACAGGGUGCCCACUCACUCUACUUCACAAUAGGCCGAGCAAAACCCAAGUUUCACCUCAGGCAGAUAUUCUUGAUGAAUGCAAAGCAUUUGAUCUCUAUAUACAGGGUUCAAAGCAAGGUACCCCAGUCAUGAGAAUGGUCAAUAUCCAUGAUGGUUUGUAUUAUGUUCAUUUCCAGUCAAGUCUCUCAGCUCUCCAGUCUUUCUCCAUUUCAGUGGCAAUUAUUCAUACUCAUAAUCCAAACCUCCGACCCAAAGUGUACAGGAGUUGCAAUUAGAAAAUCUAUGGGUGAGGUUUCUGUAGUGUUUUCAAAUUAAGUUAUUUGUAGGUGGAUUGAGAUGUUAGUGAGUCUGCAUUAUUGGCAGUGUUCCAACGCUAGUGAUUUUUUUUUUUGAUGUUUAAAAAAAGGGUGGGACAAAGAAGAGCGUCCGUAAACCAUCCCGAU